CCUCAUUGGAUCCCUUUCGCUCCCUCGAGUUCUCCUUCUCUUCCCCGCACCCAACGCCCCUCCCCGGAGUUAAACCUUUUCAGAGGCCAGAUCGACAUCCACCGUCGUGUCUAUCAUCAGUGGCUGACACCUCCCAUCAAUUAAUUCAGAACAGCCUCUUUCCCCCCUUCGCCCCAGACGAGGUACUGGAUCGUUUUAAUCUUGAUAAACCUUGUGGUCAUUCGCUUCUUUACCGAAUUGAGCACAUGCAUGUGUGCUCGCCUUUAAGCCGCCGUCUCGCACAUUCCUCGGCCAAAUCUACCUUUCAAUUCCCGACCCAGCGGCUGCGCCAUCCUGUUCGUGUGCAGGUCUCCCGUCCGUUGCAUCCUAGCCCAGCCCAUCUGGCCCUGUCUUACCCACCUGCGCGUUCCCUCUCCACUUUUCCUUCAUUGAAAGAACCGAGGGAGGCUUCAUCUUUCUGGACGGUUACAUUCACUUUACUCCUAAUCUGUGGAGGAUCCUGGCUUCACGAUAAAUACCGUAAUCCCCGAGUCGAUUCGCUUCCGCAGAACGACGACGUUCCGUCUGAUUCCCAACCCUCCGAAGAAUCUUUCCUUGGUGUCCUCGAUACGUUCAAAGGUAUGACGAACGCAGAGGCAGCACCGGGUACCGUGGGGAACCUCACCCCCGAGCAGGAGGCCAAACUGCAAGAGCUUUGGAUCUUGCUGUGCAAGGUCUGCGGCAUCAAGCUGGAUGGCCUUGAAGCGGCGGAAGCCCCCGGCUCCCGACCCGGCUCCCAACCCGGCUCGUCUCAACAGCCGAAACGCCGGUGGACGCUUUGGGGUGGGAAGGACGAGGAUGCCAGUGAUUCCGCCAGCGUCAAAUCCGGCAAGGGAAUCUCAUCCGGUCUUUCCGGCAUCAACCUCGAUGGGGACGACAAGCACGGUCAGUCCAAGGAAUUCCAGCAGGCCCUGGAGGACAUGACUCCCGAGGAGAUCCGCGUCACGGUCUGGAACAUGGUGAAGCAGGACAACCCCGACUCGCUACUCCUGCGCUUCCUGCGCGCGCGCAAGUGGGACGUCCACAAGGCGUUGAUCAUGUUCAUCUCGACCAUCCGGUGGAGACUCCAUGAUGUCAAGGUGGACGACGAUAUCAUGAGGGGCGGCGAGCAGCUGGCCUAUGACCAGACCAAGAGCGCCGACGCCGCCGAGAGGAAGAAGGGCGAGGAUUUCCUCACGCAAAUGCGCUUGGGAAAGAGUUUCCUUCACGGAGUCGACAAGCAAGGUCGGCCGAUCUGUACCGUCCGAGUACGCCUACAUAGGGCCAACGAGCAGAGCGCCGAGUCUCUGGAUCGGUUUACCGUGUAUACCAUUGAGACCGCCCGCAUGAUGCUUGUGCCCCCGGUUGAAACUGCCUGCAUUGUUUUUGAUAUGUCCAAUUUUUCUCUGGCGAACAUGGAUUACCACCCCGUCAACUUCAUGAUCAAGUGCUUCGAGGCCAACUACCCCGAAUCUCUCGGCGUCGUUCUAAUCCACAAAGCCCCAUGGAUCUUCUCAGGAGUCUGGAACAUCAUCAAAGGCUGGCUCGACCCGGUCGUCGCCUCCAAAGUGCACUUCACCAAAUCUUACCAAGACCUCGAGAAAUUCAUCAACAAGGACCAAAUCUGGACCGAGCUCGAAGGCAAAGAAGACUGGGAAUACAAGUACGUGGAGGUCAAGCCCGACGAGAACAAGCACAUGGAAGACAGCGCCAAGCGGGACGCCAUGAUCGCCGAGCGCCAGGAGCUAGCCAAGGACAUCGAAGCGGCCACCGUCGGGUGGCUCAUCGCCUCCCGGAAGAAGGACCAGGAAGCCACCAAGGCCGCUGUCGAGAAGCGGGCUGGUCUUAUCGACCGACUGCGCGCCCAGUACUGGGAGCUUGACCCUUAUAUCCGCGCUACUUCCCUCUACGACAGAGUGAAUAUUAUUCAGGGCGGCGGAAAGGUCAACUUUUACCCUGAGGAGGCUAAGAACCCUUCUUCGAAGAACAGCGCAUAGUCGGUUUGAUUUGGUCUCCGUUUGGACUCGAUCGAUUCGAUCGUUAUAUUUCGGCUCAUAGACAUGGUCGUGAAACUGUUUGCAUAGCCUCUAUAACAUGUGUAUAAAGCUUGGACUAGACGUGGUUGAUUGAUUGAUUGAUGGGGUUUUGUGUCUGCGGCGUCGGAUUACACUAUCAUGAAUGGACUGUGUCUUCAUCUCUGGUAUAUAGGUCCUUUAGAUUGCAUAUUAGCUUAUUUUAUUC